AUGUCGUCCAAGACGGGCUGGUGGGCUUGGUCCACCAAGAAGAAGGUCCUUAUCCUUGGAUCUAUCGCUCUUGUCAUCAUUGCUCUAGGUGUCGGUCUAGGUGCCGGACUAGGAGUUGGUCUUCAUCAUGGCGAAGGCGAUGAUAAUGAUAACGACAACGGCGGUUCCGGCACAGGUUCCGGAGGCACCGGUUCCAAUACGACAACACCAACAAACACAACCGUGUGGCAGCCAGCUGUUGGCACCAAGUGGCAGAUUAUACUAAAGGCCGACGAUGGCGAACCAGUCACCACCUCAGUGGACGCGCCCAUCUACGACAUUGAUCUGUUCGACAACAACAAAACCGUCAUCGCCGCUCUCCAGAAAAAGGGUCGCAAAGUGAUCUGCUACUUCUCUGCCGGCUCGUACGAGAACUGGCGUCCUGACGCCAGCGACUUUCUCGCCUCAGAUAAGGGCAAGAACCUCGACGGAUGGCCCGGCGAGAAAUGGCUGAACGUCUCGUCCCCCAACGUGCGCAAAAUCAUGCAGGCGCGUCUCGAUAUCGCCGUGACCAAAGGCUGUGACGGUGUCGACCCUGACAACAUCGACGGGUACGACAACACCAACGGACUUGAUCUCACCGAGGCCCAGGCUAUCGACUAUGUGAACUGGCUUGCUGCCCAGUCCCACAAGCGCGGUCUCUCCGUUGGGUUGAAGAACGGCGGAGGCAUUAUCGACUCUGUCAUUGAUAACAUGCAGUGGUGCGUCAAUGAGCAGUGUGCUGAGUACGAGGAGUGUGAUACCUAUGCGGCCUUCAUUGAGGCGGACAAGCCUGUCUUCCACAUCGAGUACCCCAAGGGCGAUAGUACCAACAAUAACAAGUCCGUGACAACCAGCCAGGCGAAUGCUGCUUGUGAUGCCAACAGCGCUGGCAAUUUUUCGACUGUUAUCAAGAACAUGGACUUGGACAAUUGGGUUGAAUACUGCCCUUGA